UGAACAUUGCACUGAAUUCUACUUACAGCCAGACCUUGCUGGAGCAUAACCAGAACCGAUUUAGACUUCACGCUCCUGAAAUAGAAAGAAUAUUCCAGCAGUGACAUUAAGCGGUGAGGACACUGUCCAGCAAGUGACAAACAUACAGCUAACUCUGCUGCUCCUGUACAAUUCAGUGUUCCAAACAGGUUUUGCGCUCUUCCAAAGAAUGACGUCUCCGCAGAUAGCCUCGCUGUCCUGGGGUCGGAUGAAGGUCCAGGACUGUGCCACGGCGUACAAGGACUGCAAGGUGUGGCCAGGGGGAAGUCGACCCUGGGACUGGAGAGAGACGGGGACUGACCAUUACCCUGGAGUCCAGGCAGCGGAUGUGGAGGAAAUCGUUAACAAAGGGGUUCGGACGCUAGUUAUUGGCUGUGGGAUGAGUGAGGCCUUGCAGGUUCCCUCCGCAACUCUCGAUUACCUGCGGAACAAAGGUGUCGAUGUGAAAGUGCUUCAGACCCAGGUGGCCGUGCGAGAGUACAACGCAUUGGCCGGGGGAGGGGCGCGGGUGGGUGGGGUCUUCCAUUCCACCUGCUGAGGACAAUAGACAAAAGGUGUAGGAGUUGGCCAUUCGGCCCCUCGAGCCAGCACCACCAUUCAAUGUGAUCAUGGCUGAUCAUCC